GACCUAGACGCCUCCUUUCUGGAUGUGAGCCUCUGACACUCCUCUCUACGCACACUCGACAGCACAACUUCUGCCGGAGGAGCACAGCCAUCAUCAUCAUCACCAGCAUCACUACCAUCAUCAUCAUCGUCACCCCCAUCAGUGCAUCAACUUUAUAGUUUGAAACUCUAGGAUACGAAGUGUAAAAUCAAAGAGCAAUGGCUGUCACGGGGUGCUCACAAUGUAUCAAAUACAUGCUCUUCUUCUUCAAUUUCGUGUUCUGGCUGGCAGGAGGCGUGAUUCUGGGUGUGGCCCUGUGGCUUCGUCAUGACAACCAGACGAGUACUCUUCUCAUGAUCCAGUUUCAGGACCAGCAGGCGCCCAACACGUUCUACAUCAGCGUCUACAUCCUGAUUGCUGUGGGAGUCCUGAUGAUGUUCGUCGGCUUUCUGGGUUGCUACGGAGCCAUCCAAGAGUCCCAGUGUCUUCUUGGAACAUUCUUCACCUGCCUGGUGAUCCUGUUCGCCUGUGAGGUUGCUGCUGGAAUCUGGGGCUUCAUGAACCGGGAGACGAUCUCCAAGGAGCUCAUCAACUUUUAUGACUCGGCGUACGUCAAAGGGGUGGACCCCGUGGACUCGCCUACCAAGCAGGCUGCCGUCAAGGUGCUGCAGCUCUUCCAUAGCACUCUGACCUGCUGUGGUAAGGGGGAUGAUGCCAACCUGUUUGACGCAGCUGUCCUCUGCCCUGGCGCCCCUCCAGUAGACCCCCUCGUCUCCACAAGCUGCCACUUGAAGCUAAAGGACCUGUUUACUGAGAAGCAGUAUGUGAUUGGCCUGGCUGCUAUGGUCAUCGCUGUCAUCAUGAUCUUUGAGAUGAUCUUCACCAUGGUGCUGUGCUGUGCUGUCCGUAACGCAGCACCUGCUUACUAGAGCAAGCCCAGCCGCACAGCGCAGCGCAACAUUUAAAACUGCCAACAGCACACACAACCUCCAGCAUUUCCAGCCAAUGGCAGAACAUUUAUCCCCCCCUUUCUGAAAAGCCUCAAGUCAAGUCAUGGGUAGCAUGGGGACAUGCACUCUAGAUCACACAAGGAAGACAUCCCACUACUCAACGAGGCUCCAGAGGACACACUGACGCCUUAUCGUAGGUUACUCAGCGUAUGAGUCAGUCAGGUCAUUUUAUGAUCCUCACACCCUCGAAUCACGAUAAUGCACCUGUAGAAACCACUAUCGAGAUUCCCACUCACCCUUCCUCUGUUUGUCUGUCUCUGUCUCUGUCUCUGUCUCUUUCUCUC